UAUGCAAAUAUUGUUAAUGUAUUAGCAGCACAAAAUGAAACUUUAAAGCCUAUAAAUACUUCACCUAGAAAUACAAAUACUAUUACAAGGAAUAAUAAUGAUAAAAAACCUUUUGAUAAAAGAAAACAAAGAGAUGUUAAUUUAAUCAAAGUUUUUACUGAUAACGAAGGAGAAGAAAAAAAAUCUGAAGUAUAUGCAGGAAAAAGGUUUCAACUAUAUACUACUAAUAGAAAGAAUGCAAGUGUAUGA